CGAGUGACUGCAACAGUGGCAGCAGAGCUUGGGGAUUAUACAACAUGCAAUAAUUAAAGGGCUGGUUUCCUGAGUCGAUCGACUGUUAUUUUGAAUCAAAAUGGAUGAGGGAUAUGUUAGUGCAAAAUCCGACACCAGUUCGAAAGGCAUUUCUUACAUCCAGUCCAUAGGUGACCAGGACACAAUAUCACAACUGGAAACAAUCAACGAAGAAAAAGACUGUACCGAAAGACGCGUACAUUCGUCACUUUCAAAAGCGGCUGUGCUGAUUCUGCUAGCGUACGCCUGCGAACGCGCUGCGUACUUCACAAUUGUUAACUAUAUGAACGAGUUAUGGCUGGUGACUUUCAAUUCAACGACGGCGUCAGCAGUGGUAGUUCACAUGGCGUUUGUAGGGGCGUCAGCAUGCUUGGGGAUAUUUGGUGGGACGAUGGCUGAUACGUUCUUACGCCCAAUACCAACGUUAACGCUUGGAUAUGUUCUUUUUAGUCUUGGUCUCAUUUUCCUCGAAUUUGCUGAACAUAUUGAGCGUUCCAACAGCACCGCAAAACAUCUUGCCGUGGCUGGACUGGCAACGGCUGCUUUUGGACAGGGCUGUAUUGGCACCGUGUUACCGGUAGUUGGCGCUGAACAGUUACCAGACGAGAAGCAUCGAAGGCGUUAUAUUCAUUGGUUUUAUCUUUGGCGCAAUGUUGGUGCCAUGAUUGCAGACAUAUCGAGCGCCAUAACGGAAGGAAUUCCAGGCUUACCACUUCACUUCAAGUUUCUCAUCGCUCCUUUGUCAGGUCUGCUCUCUCUGAUUCUCUUUUUUGUGGCACUUUGGGUCAGAGUGCGAUCACCAUAUGAAAAGAAAGGGACUUUUCGUAGUUCAGUGACAGCUUUACAUGAAACGCUCACGGCUACAUUAAACUUCUUCAAGAGAGGACGCCGAGGAGGGGCGAAAGGCAAGGUUUCCAAGAGACUGGACAAAAAAGAACCGGACCCAAAAGAACAACAUAAAAGAAAUCGUGUCCGAGAUCUCCUCAGGAUCCUGUUGGUUAAUUCGGCGGUGGUUGGGUUUGGGUUCCUUUACACGCCGAUAAUGACGAUAUAUUCGUUACAAGCCACCGGACUCAACAGUACCGUGAACGGACAUUUGUUUCCUUCUCCAUCCACACAGAUCAUAUUAUUCAACGAAGUGGUGAUAGUGCUCGUUAUCCCUUUUACCAUCUACUAUGUAUAUCCACGGAUAUCGUCACGGAAACGGCGACUAUAUAUAUCUAGAACAUGUGUUGGGGUGGUCCUUUCCAUUAUAUCUGGACUGGUUGCGAUUGCGUUGGAAAUGGGGCGUAAGAUGAAUUGUGCUCAAAACCGGGGUUUUUCCACCAUUAGCAUCUUUGCUCAGGGCCCACAGUAUGGUCUUAUCGCUCUCGCUGAAAUGUUCACUGCUCUCACAGUUAAGGAGUUUUCAUACAUGGAAGCCCCUGAUGGUUUGAAGUGCUUCAGUAUGGGUUUACACCAGACUGCUCUAGGACUCUCAUUUCUAAUCUCGCUGGGUAUAGAAAGCUUGGUGAAAACCUACACUGACUGGUACGAUUUUGAUUCAAAUGACACGUGUCUCGCCAGUGACCCCAGCCAUUUGGAGUAUUUCUUGGCUAUAUUGGUCGUAAUGAGCGUAGUCUUCUCCGUAAUCUUCCCUUUGGUCACUAGGAUACCGAAGACCAUAAACGAGGAGGGAGAGAGAAAGGAAUUCAGAGAGGAAUUGACAGACUUUACCACAAAUAAAUGAAUGGUGCUUUCAUUGGAAAACUGAAAUACCCGAAAUAGCAAAUUGUUCAUGACAUGUUUGCCCCCUGUAGGGCUACAAGAGGAAUAUGUGUUAAUGAUACGGAGGGUAUAUAAUUUAGUUUCCCAUAUAUUUGAACUUAGUGAUCCUCAUACAACAAUCUCUCUAAUGUUUUAUGACUAGGGCACUGAUUUACAGGGGCAUCUUCCUCUGAGAGACACGAAACAAAUGACUUAAAUUCCUGUUUACAGUUGAAGUGUACGUAUUUAGCUGCACCGUUUUUCCAUGGCAGGUUGGGGUUAAUAAAAAG